GAUUUCAGUUCAAAGCACGCACACGUUCUGGAGAUACUAUUUGGAGACAGACUAGAACACUUUCUCUUUUUAUCUGAAAAAAAAAGUUGCCGCAAAUCAUCAGCUGUUGCUCGAGUGUGGAGACGCCUGCAAACAAAACUAGGUUAUUAUACAAUAUUUUAGAAAGGCAUAUGCAUAAAGACAUUCUCCAAAAGGCUUUGUGCAGUUGACUGCCUCAUUGCAGGAGCAAAUAACGUCUACUGUUACUUUUGAUCCACUUUUGGACAUUUUAAAUACUUUGGUCAAACUUUUCCUCGUGUGUAAAGCAUCUCUAGGGAUCUCACCCUCAAGAGCCGUACUUUCAUAUUUUGUGCGUAAUUGUUCGACAACAUUUUUCGUAUGAAUCUACUCGACCCCUUCCUGAAAAUGACAGACGAACAAGACAAAUGUCUCUCUGACGCACCGAGCCCGAGCAUGUCGGAGGACUCUGCGGGAUCCCCGUGCCCUUCCGGCUCUGGCUCAGACACCGAGAACACCAGACCUUCAGAGAACGGUCUGCUGAUGGGUCCGGACGGUCCCCUCGUCGAGUUCAAGAAGGACGACGAUGACAAGUUCCCCGUGUGCAUCCGCGACGCUGUGUCCCAGGUGCUGAAGGGCUACGACUGGACCCUGGUGCCAAUGCCAGUCCGAGUGAACGGAUCUAGUAAGAACAAGCCCCACGUCAAGAGACCGAUGAACGCGUUUAUGGUUUGGGCGCAAGCCGCUCGGAGAAAACUGGCUGAUCAGUACCCUCAUCUGCAUAACGCGGAGCUGAGCAAAACUCUGGGGAAACUAUGGAGGCUUCUCAAUGAGGGAGAGAAGCGUCCGUUCGUGGAGGAGGCAGAGCGCUUGAGGGUACAGCACAAGAAAGACCACCCCGACUAUAAGUACCAGCCCCGGCGAAGGAAGUCCAUGAAGAACGGACAAAGCGAGUCUGAGGACGGCAGCGAGCAGACGCACAUAUCGCCAGGAGCGAUCUUCAAGGCGCUCCAGCAAGCUGACUCUCCAGCCUCUAGCAUAGGAGAAGUGCACUCCCCGGGAGAACACUCAGGCCAGUCCCAAGGGCCCCCCACCCCUCCCACCACACCUAAGACCGACAUCCAAGUGGGAAAGGUGGACCUGAAGCGUGAGGGUCGCCCCUUACAGGAAGGCACGGGCCGUCAGCUCAACAUUGAUUUCCGGGAUGUGGACAUCGGUGAGCUGAGCAGCGACGUAAUCUCCCACAUCGAUACCUUCGAUGUCAACGAGUUUGACCAGUACCUGCCCCCCAACGGUCACCCAGGCGCUCCUGGCACUGCCGCUGGCCAGGUCUCCUACAACGGUACCUAUGGCAUCAGCAGCUCCGCAGUCAGCCAGGCAGCAGGGGGCACCGCAGGGCACAGCUGGAUGACCAAGACCCAGAGUCAGCAGCAGCACUCCCUGACCACGCUGGGUAGUGGAGGGGAGCAGGGCCAGAACCAGAGGACCCCCACACACAUCAAGACAGAGCAGCUGAGCCCCAGCCACUACAACGAUCAGCAGAACUCCUCCCCCCCGCAGCACGUCACCUACGGCUCCUUCAACCUGCAACACUACAGCUCUUCCUCCUACCCCUCCAUCACCCGCGCCCAGUAUGACUUUUCUGACCACCAGGUCGGCACCAACUCCUAUUACAGCCACGCAGCUGGGGGCCAGGGCUCAGGGCUCUACUCCUUCAGCAGCUACAUGAGCCCCAGCCAGAGGCCCAUGUACACCCCCAUCGCAGACACAACAGGAGUGCCCUCCGUGCCACAGACCCUCAGUCCCCAGCAUCACUGGGACCAGCAGCCAGUGUACACACAGCUCUCCCGGCCCUGAGGACACAGUCAUCUACACACAGACUUACAUAGACUGAUAGACAUGCCCAUCUUGCAGAGGGAGACUUUGUCACAACAUUCCAACAUCUAGCUCCGAGCAAACAGACACUUGAAUUUACAACAGAGGAGAAGACAACAAAGAAGAAGAAGGAAAGCUGGACUUGAGAGAACUGAAAUUAGACCAGAAUGGCUCACAACGUGCCUUUUUUUGUGUAUUGAUGAAACAUAUUUUGAGCAUUGAGAAAUCCUCUGUGAGGACUGUUUAAAUUGUUGAUAUUUUUAGUAGGUACUGUGUAUGUUUUCUUACCUUUUUUACUCUGGCAGUUUGCUAUUCUGGGGGAUUUUAAACACAUAUUUGUAGAGAAAAAGCUUUAUUUCUAUCCAGUUCAGCAGUAAACCACAGUAGUGCAGUUAUCUAUUCUAUGGCCUCAAUUCUCUGGUGGAAUUUUUUCUAGGCAGUAAAUCUCUGUCCUUUUUUGGUUGUGUUUGUUUUUGUUUGUCUUCCUGCAGUGCAUUGUGCUUAUAUGUGCUGUGCCAUCCAACAAAAUGAACUACAUUUGUAUUUGUGCAGUUGAGGGUUUCUCCAUCAAUGAUAUAUUAUGAUUAUAGCACGUUCUUAGAUGUAAUCAGGGGCAUGCUGUGAAUGGCAAGGGAAGAAGUUUGGACGUUAUCGUUUUGUGCAGGAGAUUCCACCCUUUUGCCCCGUUAGUGCCUAGCAUAUCAGAGGUUGGGUGAUAGGAUGUCUGUGUCAGAGUGUGUGUGCUACAGCACAUACUAUAGAAGAGAGAAGCCACAGCUGAGAUUCUACUUACCGUCUGACAGCAUGUGUUUGACAGCCACAGGAAGUGCCCUUUGACCUCUCGGGCGUCCCCUGCCGUCCACCAUCACGCCAGUGUCGUUUUACAGCCCCCUGUCUGAUCCACCUCUCACCCCCUCCCGCCCCCUCUCAGUCUUAACCCUUUAAUUUAUUUAUUAGCUUAAUUUUAUUUUCAAAGUAAUUAUUAUUUAGCAUUUUAUUCUUUAUUUUAUAUUUUAUACAAUUAAUUAAUUUGUCUUCAAAAUAAGUUACCUUCUGGAUAUUAAAUGUCAUAUAAACCGGUCUUUUUAGCCGAGGGGGUUUACUUAAAAAAUGACACAAACUGUAAUCAUCAUGGUUUAUUUAACAUAUGUAAAUGUUUCUAUUUUAAAUGUUUAAUUUGUCAUUUUUUGUUAUCUAGUUGUGUACGGAUUAUUGUUAAUUGUGAAGUUUGGAUUCUAAACUGGAAAUACGUUUUGAGCAUAAUGACAAAGUUUUACAAUUAGUUAUGUUUACGCUGUGGCUAAUAUGUUUGUGUUAUUAGAGGUACCAGCAUCCCUGUCUUUUCUAAGGACUUUUUUUAACGUCCUGACACAUACAGUACUAUCUCAGUACUGAUGUUUUUUUUCUGAAGCAUCUGAACAAAUUGUCAUUUUCUUCAGCUAGCUUAACAUGUUACUGUACUGUCUUAAAAAGAAGCUUAACUUUUGUAUUAUAUUUGCAAUAAAAGAGAAAAUACUCUAGAAACAAAA